AUGUCUUCACAAUCACUGACGGUGACAUUGACCCGGACCGAGAAGUCCCCCGUCACAUCUACGCCCGAGAAGAUAACAGCAUACCUAUCCACGAUCAAUGGGUACCCUUUCGGCGCGGCACUUGACGACGGUUCUGGAGCCAAGGUCUUCUCCGGAGCUCCCACUUGGGCGAGCAACCAAUUGAUGGGAGGCAUCAGUUUUGAAGUCGCAAAAUUCACCUUGAAGGUCGGGGCCAAGGAGAAGGACACGCAGGCCGCGAUCUGGGUGAAGCAGGACAACAAGGACAAACUGCUUUAUAAGACUUCCAAUUUUGCUUGA